AUGUUACAACCGAAUAGUGAGCAUCGCUUUCGCCGGAGUUUGGCACAAUUUAUACUGAAGGCGACUUUGUAUGGAUCCUGGGUCCUCGGACUAUUUCCCUUCUUCUUCGACUCCAGGAGAAGAUGUUUGCAACGAUCCAAGUGGCUUUUGGCUUACGGCGUUAUUCUGAACCUAACCCUGAUAGCUUUGUCACUGCUGCCAGCCACAGAUGAUCACAAUGCCAUAAAGGUGGAGGUGUUUCAUCAAAACCCACUGGUAAGUCAGCUUGAAAUCCUCUUGGACUUUAUAAGCUGCGUGGCCCUGGUUGGUUGCCAUCUACGAAAUGCCUGCAAAAGUAAAGAGUUAUCUAAAAUUUUGAAUGAGUUCCUGAUGCUGGAACAUCGUCACUUCAGUGAGCUCAUCCUCAAGGAUUGUCCUCAGUUUGAUCGAUACGUGAUCUUCAAGGGACUAACGGUAUUUCUGGAGAUAGCAUCUUCCCUGGUGAUCUACUUUGGAAUGCCGGAUAGUAAUGGUUCGGUCCUCGAGGCUGUUUGCAUCUACGUUUCCCAGUUGGCGGCUCUCGUGCUCGUAAUGCACUUUCACCUGGCAGUGAUAUAUAUAUAUCGGCUGGUGUGGAUAAUCAAUGGCCAACUCUUGGAUAUGGCCACAAGACUAAGAAGAGGCGAUCGUGUGGAUCCCGAGCGGGUCAAUUUGCUCCUUUUCCUCUACAGCCGCGUCUUGGACCUCAACUCUCGCCUCGCAAAAGUAUACGACUUGCAAAUUACAAUUUUUAUGCUGAUUAUGAUGUCGGCAAACAUUUUAUUGGGCCACGUGAUGGUCAUCUUUUGGAUCAACGUGAAUAACUUCUUCUUGCCAGUUCUGAUUUGGCUCUUUAUUCAAGCACUGAUCAUAAACCUUUUGGAUCUUUGGCUGAGCAUUGCCUCUUGUGACUUGCCCGAAAGUGCGAGCAGAAAAACCUCACUGAUCUUGAAGUUGUUUAACGAUAUUGAAAACAUUGACCAGGAAAUGGAACGGAGGAUAUCUGAGUUCACCUUAUUCUGCAGUCAUCGCAGACUAAAAAUCAACCAACUCGGAAUGUUCGACAUCAACUAUGAGAUCGGCUGUUGUAUAUUCAUCACCAACAUUUCAUACGUCCUGUGCCUCGUGCAGUUUGAUUAUUAUAACUUGAAGUUCAAGUAA